GGAGUGGCAAAGCGCGUGGACCGUUCCGCGAAUUUCACGGAAAAGUUUGACCGAAAAUCCUCGCUGGUCUCGUUGGUGAUCCGAAUCUGAAUCGUGCGAGAAGUUGGACCAUCGUCAACCAUACGAUGUGACGUCGCGAUCCGUCGUAAGAUCGUUCGGUUUCGUUUCUCGUCGAUCGCAAAAGGUUUGUCGACAACGCAGCGUCUAGAAUGGCGCGCUGAAGUUUCCCUGUAAGAUCGUACGAAAAAAAAAUCUCGAGCGAAGGAAGCGUAUCGAUGCUUUUCUUUCUCUUCGAACCGUGUUUGGUCGACGAAGACACGCCAGGGUCGAUUUAACGCGCGUUCCAAAUUAACGCGACGGAAACUCGUUCUCCUUUCGAGUCUCGGCCAUUCUCUCGAACUUUUUCCGUUCUCUUUUGUCUCGCCGCGCGAAAAGGACAGUGUUUGCGAGAAAGACGAGGGGAAAACAUGAAAAGUACGUUGGAGAAGUGCGACAAGGAAAACCAGCGACCGAUGGAGGCGAGUCAGUUGGCAGACGACGAAAACGCGCAGGAUGCCCAGGACGAAGAGUAAAAAUCCCGCCACUAGCAUAAAGACUCGUCCCCGCGUUUCAUGCGUGUGCUCGUCGCUCUGCAUCAGUGUGAUGUCACCGAGCAAUAAAAAUGCAGACGAGGCUAUAAACGAUGCGUUGUUGGAGAAACUCAGAGGUUGCGCGUCCAAGCCGCAGGAGGCCGGCGAUACGUACAGGAACAUCGCUGCCAAGAUUCAUGCCCGCGUUACAUCCUCAGAUCGACGGAUACGGGAGCGCACGUUGGAAAAACUAUGGCGCAAGAAUUCCGGAGCGAUGGAAAUAUUCAUCGCGACGCUGGAGAACUGCAAGGAUCACGUGAUCAACUAUAGCGUCGCUUGCAUAAUCCACGAGUGCAUAUCGCCCCGUUUUACCAGGGGAAAGUCUAAAGGGAACAAGAACAAGAGUGCCACAAAGUCUAGCAGCCGGACGACGGUGAUGCAGCUGAUCAAUUUAGGUAUCACGCAAGUUCUACUUAAACUUUUAAUUAACCUGCAACAUGCGGACACUAUUUCGAGCGAAGUCCUCACGCAGGAAGUGCUGUGGAUUUUGGGCCAAAUUGCCCAGAGGGACCAGAAGUUCGCUUCGAAGAUGAAACUGCUUAACGCCGUAAAAGUGUUCCACAUGCUUCUGAAACAGCAUUACAACAACAGCAAGAUGUUAUUGUCCCUGUUGCUCAUCAUGAAGUGUCUCGCCAGAAACUCGUUCACCCUUCAGGCGCUAGUGAAGGACGGGAUCGCCAGCACGUUGGAAAAAACGUUUCUUUCCAUGAGCUACACGCCUCAUCUGAAACUCAGAUUUCUGUUAGAGUGCUUUAAAUAUUUAACGACGAGCAAAUUGUGCUGCACGAAGUUCGUGAAGGUGGGGAUGGUUUACCUUCUGAUGAGGAUCUUCGAGAGAUGGGAAAGAUUCGACGGGCAGAUGAGACUGAAAAUCUGUAACUACGCUCUGAUUACUUUGCAACAUCUCUGCAUCAUAAAAGCUGGAAGAAAGGCUAUCAAAGCGAACAAUGGCCUGCAGGUACUGUACCGGUUCUGCAGCAACUGUCCGGAGGAUAAAGCUUACGAUUGUCUCUUGUCGCGUAUAUGCGGGAUAAUCAAUCAAUGUCUGGAGAAGAAGGAGUUGCCGGUACCCGAAAUGUCGCCGGCAAGAUUCGUGUUACCGGAGGCGAACGUCAGGCCGAACAGCGCUGAAAGCGGUAGCGACAUCGACAGCCAGGCGAACAGCGUGGCCUCGCUGGGAAGACUGUACAGCGACCUCGACUCCGGCGACGACGAGGAAAGUCAGAAUUCGAGAUCGAACGACACGCCUAUGCACGCAGCCGACGAAGUGGACGAAAGUAAAUUCUUCGCGGGUGUCUUCACGUCGCAGAGAUCCGAGGAAGAUCUCAACGAGUACAACGUGUUCUUCGAGGAACUGGGUAACCUGCAAUCUCAGGUUUACCUAGCUAGGUCCUCGACGGAACAGUCGUUGGUCGAUCUAGUGGACUCUGUCGAGGAGCUCGCGAACGGUGCGACGAAAGACGAUCCGGAAAAUGAUCGAACGGAGAAGGAUAGCAGACCGAUCAAAGUAUUCGACAACAUGCCAUCGAACAUGACGGAUCAGCAGGCGUACUGCGUGGUGGCGAGCAGAGUGAAAAGUGUCAUCAGUUUCGUGAAGGUCGCGUACCCGGAUCUGGUCGGCGGCGAUGGUCUCGGUAAGGAAGAACCGUUGCACAACAAAGACAGGUGGGUCUGUCGAUCGAAGCUUCUCACGUGCGUUGAACGGGGCCUCCGCGGCGGCACGCUGAUGCAAGAGGUGGUCUACGAUCUCGAUGCUGUAGCCUCCAACGAUGUCGCCGCGGACGGUCAAGUUUCGAGCGACAAGACUUUGUGCAACUGGGACGAGAACAGGAUAGGGAAGCGUUGCGGCGACGCCAAGUACUUGCACUUCGAGUCUAGAUUCGAGAGCGGUAACUUGAGGAAAGUCAUUCAGAUAGGCCCGAGAGAGUACGAUCUGAUCCUGACGCCGGACGUGAACAGCGGCUCCAGGCACCAGUGGUUCUAUUUCGAGGUGUCGAACAUGGAGGCGAAUCUUGCGUACACGUUCAACAUCAUCAACUGCGAGAAAGCGAACUCGCAGUUCAACUUUGGGAUGAAGCCGAUUCUCUUCAGCGUGACCGAGGCCCAGCUAGGUAGACCAGGCUGGGUCAGAACCGGCGCCGACAUCUGCUACUACCGCAACUGUUACCAGCGACCAACGAAAGGGAAGAACUACUUUACGACAUCGUUCACGGUGAUAUUCCCUCACGCUUACGACGUUUGUUACCUAGCGUAUCAUUUCCCCUACACGUACAGCAAGUUGAUGAGCAACAUAUGGAAAUGGACCAAGAGGGUUCCACCGAACGCUUACUUUCGCGCAGAUAAUCUGUGCGAGACGUUGAACGGAAACGAGAACCCUCUGUUGACUAUCACUUCUUUGGAUUCGAAGAGUAAUCCUAUACAGAAUCGCAAGGUAAUAUUUCUGACGUCGAGGGUCCAUCCAGGCGAGAGCAAUGCCUCUUGGGUGAUGCACGGAACCCUCGAAGCACUGCUGAGCAACAAUCCCUGCGCGUCGAACUUACGCGACGACUAUGUGUUCAAAAUCGUCCCCAUGCUGAACAUCGAGGGAGUGGUGAACGGAUGUAAUCGUUACGGGCUGACGAACGAGGACUUGAACAGACGAUGGAGCAACCCGAACCAGGUGCUUCAUCCGGUCAUCUACCACACGAAGGGCUUGAUGGAGUACUGCACCAGGGUCCUGCAAAGACCUCCCCAUGUUUUCGUCGACUAUCACGGCCAUUCACGGAGGAAGAACGUGUUUUUCUUCGGUUGUUCAAGGUCGGGUUCUUGGAGCGCCGCGGACAGGGCGAAACCGGACCAGCCGGUGCAGUAUUUGAUGCUGCCGCACCUGAUGCAAAGAAUAUCCCCGGCGUUCGCGUUGCCACUGUGCUCGUUCAAGGUCGAGAGGAACAAGGAGUCCACCGCAAGGGUGGCCAUAUGGCGGCAGCUAGGUGUUCACAGAAGCUACACGAUGGAGAGCAGUUUUUGCGGAUGCGAUCAGGGAGCGUUGGCCGGUUUACACCUGGACACGCAACAUUUGAAGACGAUCGGCCAGGAUUUCUGCCAGGCUUUGUCGAUGAUGAACCAGUGCGGCGACGACUGGAGCAUCGAUAAGUCCCAGCUAGUGGAGGGCUGCUGUCCGAAGGAAUGCGUUUUUCAGAAAUCCAGAAGGAUUUCGAAAUGCAUUCAGGACAAACCCGCGAACCACCAUAUCAUUGGGAUUUCUUAACAAACGAUUAAGUAGACGAUCUAAGGAUUCCUACGGGAGAACGUAUUCCAGAAGAAUCGGGGUGCAUGGAGGAUGGCAUUUCGUCCAGCUGCGAAUCCGACGAGUCCGAUUUCGAAACUUAGGAAAACUGCAUCUCGGCGAACGGCGCAGAGACGUGAAUUUCCACGCCAAACUUCGUUCUACCGAGAUUACUCGACGCUACCUACCUUGUAACACCGAUCGGAAGACCGUGCAGGUUUUCAUCCGGAACAAUAAAAGUACAACGAAUGUUCUGUACA